CCGAGGCGCAAGUUAGCUGCUGGGGGAGUUCUGCAGCUCGGCUUCGUGUGAGGCCUGCGCCGGCCGUUGUCAGAGAACAUUUUUUAGUGCGGACUCCGGCCGAGGCCCCUUUUAUGAGGCGCGAAGACCCUCUAGUCAGUGUGUGACAAAGCCUGGCCCAGCCUGGGAGUCCUUGGCUCUGAGGCUAUCGUUUGGAAGCAAUGAAUUUAAAACCCUUCACCUACCCAUUUCCAGAGACGAGGUUUCUUCAUGCAGGACCCAAUGUGUAUAAAUUCAAAAUCAGAUAUGGCAACAGCAUCAGGGGGGAAGAGAUAGAAAAUAAAGAAGUCAUCGUCCAGGAGCUGGAGGAUUCUAUUCGUGUGGUCUUGGGAAACUUGGACAGUCUGCAGCCGUUUGCUACAGAACACUUUGUUAUAUUUCCUUAUAAAAGCAGAUGGGAGAGAGUGGCCCACCUGAAAUUCAAACAUGGGGAAAUCGUCUUGGUCCCCUAUCCAUUUGUUUUCACUCUGUACGUGGAGAUGAAAUGGUUUCAUGAAGACCUGUCACCUGGGAAACCCAUAAACGACAGUCCUCUUGCGUUGGUCCUACCUGAGAGGAAAGCAGCAGGAGCCAUGAGGAGGAAACGAAAAUGUGAGGAAGUGCCCCGUUCCCCCAGCAAGCCAGGGCUGGACAGGGCCAAGAUGGGGACUUCCAGCCAAGGUCCCAGCAAAAAGAAGCCCCCUAUGGAAACCAGGAGGAACAUGGAAAGAAAAACCCAGCAGGAGUGGCAGGAGGCUCCAGCAUUUGAUAUCACUGACGUCCAGGACCAGGAUUCUACAUGUGGAGACAGCCUAGCAGGGCAGAUUAUCCCACCAUUGCAGCAAAACAAUCCACCUCCACCUAAAGGACCCACAGAGCCAGGAACCAGUGGCUUCUUUGGGUUUCUAAGCUUCCUCUUCCCAUUUCGGUAUCUCUUCAGGAAGAGCAGACAGUGAGCCUUCCAAAUGCAGCAGUG